GCAGGCGCAGCAGGAGAUGACCCGGAACAGGAAGCAGUUCAAGCCUGAGCGGCGGGUUUUCUCGGUUCGUUGUCUCGGUUGUCCAAUUCUUCAGGAACCCGGUUCCGGUCAGAUCCGGAGAACAUGGACUCGGAGCAGAGGUUCUUGGAGAGGUUCGGACCCAGGAGCGAGGCGGAGAGGGCGUGGCUAAAGAACAUCUUCCUCUUCAUUGGCCGAUACCUGAGCCCAUGCUGCAGUGACCCCGCCCCCUCCUCUGCUGAAGGCUCGCUCACAGGUGUGGAGCAGCUCAGCAUCCGUCUGGUUCUGGAGAUCCAGCAGAGGUCCAGCGUGAAUCACAGUUUACCUGUCAGCUACAGGCUUUUGUCCGUCUCUGAGCUCGUCUCCCAGCAGAACCUGGCCUGUGUCAGCAACCUGUCCUGGACCACCAAUCAGCACAGAUCCUGGGCCAAGGAGGCGGAGCUCUCUCUCUCGGGACAUCAGGCACUACAGCGGGUCAACCUGCUGCUGAUUGGCUGUCUGACAAAGGGGCGGGGCGUAGACUGGAGUCUGACGGACAGCAGUGGGAGUGUCAGGUGUGAGGUUCUGUCUCCUUCUCCUCUGUGGAUGAACCUACCUGUCUUCCUCCCUGACUGGAACUACAUCCCCCAUGAUGCCUCUGGGCAGGACGUGGACAGAGGACACCUGGAGCUCAUUGGCUGUCCUGUCUUCCUGGGUCCUGAAGCUGAGCAUGGAUUGGCUGCAGCAGCAGAUGGGGCGGAGCUUGAAGCAGUUCCUGUUAGUGAAGCUGGAGUCUUCCUGCAGAACAGGGUCAGAGGUCAGCGCGUGUCCGUGCACGGUCAGGUCUGCUCGGUGUGCCCCCUGCUGGACGUGUCGGGAACCCCAUUCUUCUGUUUCUCUCUGACGGACAGCGAGAGCUCACUUCCUGUUCUGGUCCAGAAGCCCAGCCGUCUGUGGUGGCGAACAUGUGUGCACGUGGGCCGGAGCGUGUGCGUGACGUCUCUGCGCGUGUGCGUCCUGCGAGGCUGGAGAGGAAACAACAUCCUGUGUGUGACGGAGCUCUCACAACUACACUCCGACUACACAAAUACACACACACAAACACACACUCCUGACACACAUCCAGAGAUGGACACGCCCUUCCUGAUGUCACAUGGCUGUGAGGAGGAGGAGCCUGACUUUAACCAAUCAGGAGUGAGGAUGAAGCGGUCCAGGAUCAUCAGUUACCAGGGCACGGUGACAGAGGUGGUCAGUAAGGGGGCGGGGCUGUAUGUGCUGGACAGGAAGCUGGGUCUCUGUGCGGCCUACCAGCCGGCGAGCAGGAGGAGUCUGAGGGUGGGGGACGGCGUGGAGCUGCACCACGUCCACUUCCUGUUCCGGCCCUGUCCUGACUUCCCUCCCAGCAUUCUUUGCACCUGUCUGCGCUCAUCCGUCACAGUCACUUCCUUCAGCAGAGUGGGCGUGUCUGACUCCGCCCCUCGCUGUCCUGGAGAUGGGGUGUUGUCACGGUUACUGCUGCAGAAACACAUGGGCGUGUCAGAGUACCUGUGGGCGUGUCACCUGUCCUCUCAGCUCUCUAUCAGUCUGGUUCCUGCAGUGAUGAAGCAGCAGUGUGUGUGUCUGCUGUCCUGGAAGAUGAUGAAGACUCUGAGAGGACGAAGAGCGCCCACACGCAGAGACAUCUACUGUGAGAUGCUGGACCAGCCGCACACCUGUCCUCUGAGCCAGUACUCGGUGGAUCCUGCAGUCCACCAGAACCUGAGCGUUCUGGACCUGGUCCGGUCCCUGCAGUCCCUCUGCUGGUCCUCUCUGUCUCUGAGGUCUCUGCUGCCCCCUGCUGGUCGCAGUCUGAGCAGGUCUGAGAUCCGAUCAGGUCUGUCCUGGUCCUUCAGGACUCUGGUUUCUGAUCCUCAGAAGGGGGACAGUCUCAGGCCCCGCCCCCUGCUGCUGGUGGGUGUGUUGGAGCUGCCCCCCCACUCCUCAGAGUUCAGUCCGACUCUGCAGCUCAGAGACGCUACAGGAAGUGUGGGCUGUGUCGUCACGGAAACCAACCGGGAGGAGGGAGGAGGGGAAACCGCCUGUUACAACACGGCCUGGAUAGGUUGUCUGGUGUGUGUCCUGCAGUUCUCCAUGGUCACAGAGCGCUUCCUGCAGUCAGAGUUCCCUUCAGUGGAUCAUCUGGAUCAGGAGAACUUCAUCACCUUCAGAGAUUCCAGGGUUUACCUGCAGUUUUCUCUGGACCACCUCAUCAUCCUCAGCCCGUCUGUCACCAUGGUUACUUACCUGAAGCAGAAGGGGGAGGAGCCUGCAGAUGAUGUCACAGAUGAACAUGAAGACCAUCCAAAGGAGGAGCAGAGAUGGAAGAGGAAGAGGAGGGAGGGAAAUGAUGAUUCUUCAGACUCCUCCUCCUCUGAUGUCAUGACAGCAGUCUCUGUGGGUGGAGCCUCACAGUCCUGUGUUUCCAUGGUCAUCAGAGUGGAGCAGAAAGGAGGUUUGGUCUGGAAGAACACAGAGGGGGCGGAGCUUCAGCUCUGCUUCUCACUCAGAGCUGCUGUGAUUGGUCCAGUGGUCAGCUGGAGGCGGGACCCAAAGAACAAACCAUUGACAGAGGAGGAGGUGGAGCCAGGCAGAGAGCAUAAAGUGCAGCUGCAGUUCUCAGGUGUGUGUUCUCGAUGGUUUCCUGUCCUCCAGUCUGGACGCCUCUACAGAGUCCUGAUGGUUCAGGUUCCCUUUGAACUCAGUUCCCAUGAAGCCUCAGGGAACAACAGGGCGGAGCUUCUCUCAGACUCCAUCCUUCAGGUUGGAUCUGAUUGGAGGUUCCACACUCUGCCACGCCCCCUGCUGCUGCCCUCCUGUCUACAGGCCACGCCCCCCGUGCUGUCUGUCAGUCAGGUCAUGGACAACAGAUCAGAGCUGGUUUGUUUUCAGGGUCAGAUCACUGAAAGGAUCAGUGUGGAUGAUGGGAAUACAGAGCCUGGAAACACAGGUACACACUCAGGUGUGAGACUAACUCUGUGUGACCCAACUGGGAGGAGUGUCCGGGCCUACCUGGACCUUAGCCACGCCCCCUACCCACCUGGACUGUUACCUGGCAGCAGUGUUCUUCUCUCAGACUUCCAGAGGAAAGUGUCCAGGUCAGGGGGCGUGUACUUCACUAACUUACCUGUGAGCUCCAUGACGGUGAUGUCACUGGGAGCAGAGAGCCUUGCUCCACCUCCUCAUCCUCCCAUGAUGCAUCUGGGCCAGUGGGGAGUGAAGGGUCAGAAGGAGAAUGUAAUGGGUCUGGUCAGAGGUCAUGUGGUCUGCUUCCUGUUCCUGCAGCUGCAGUGGAGCUGCUCUACAUGCAGCAGCGUCUACACACAGGUCUGCAGUUCAAAUUGUGGAUCCUCUUCUGCUGUGUUCAGGUCCAGAGCGAAGUUGGUGAUUGAUGACGGUACCGGAGAGGCUCACGUUUGGGUCUCUGGUGUCGUGGUUCAGACUCUGCUGGGAUUGGCUGAUUUCCAGUGGGAGGGGCUUCAAAGGUGGCUGAAGGUCAAAGGUCACCUCAGAGUUCUCCCUGGGAGGCGGAGCCUGGUGUGUGACUCUGAGGAGCCCCUCCUCCACUUCCUACUGAGCAUGUGCAGCAGUGAGGCUGUGAGACGACCUGUCUGUCUGACCUGCAGGAGACACGCCCCCUCUAGAGCACCAGAUCUGAGACGUUUCAGUCGAUCAGACAGAGACUUCAUCACCAGACUGACUCCUCCCCUUCAGCUCACCUGUGUUCACCUGCACUCCUGAUGAAGAUGAUCUGAUCCUGAUGAUGAUGAUCUGAUCCUCCUGAUGAAGAUGAUCUGAUCCUCCUUCAGUCAAUAAAUCUGUUCUGUCAUGAAA